AUGCUUGGAUCUAAGCCAUUAUCUACUCCAUCAGAUUAUGCUACUAAGCUGCAUCAACAAUCAAGAACUCCUCUUUCAUUGGAAGAUGUUUCCUCUUUUAGAAGGUUAAUUGGUAGACUGAUCUACUUGACUAAUACAAGGCCAAAUAUCACUUAUGCUAUGCAACAUCUAAGCCAAUUAGUUGUUGCUCCCACCUCAGCUCAUCAACAGGCUGUUGUUCGAAUUCUCAGGUAUAUUAAGGGAUCCCCAAGAGCAGGGAUUUUCCUUUUUGCUACAACUAAAUUUCAUUUAAAGGGGUUUAGUGAUUCUGGCUGGGCUGGUUGCAUUAACACCAUAAGGUCUAUCACUGGUUAUGCUAUGAUGUACAUUAGUGACUCAUUGAUUUCAUGGAAAUCCAAGAAGCAAGCCACUGUAUCUAGAAGCUCAUUAGAAGUCGAAUACAAAGCACUAGCCCACGCCAUUUGUGAUCUACAAUGGCUUACCUAUUUGUUGGAAGAAUUCAAAGUAGACUUUCAGAAACCUGCCACUUUGUAUUGUGACAACAAAUCUUCUCUUCACAUAGUUACGAAGUGUUUCAUGAAAGAACAAAGCAUAUUGAGAUUGACUGCCACAUAG